ACCACACCAGAGUGGUGGUGGAAGGAAAGGAAACGCGAGAAAGAGAGAGAGAGAGAGGAGAGAGAAUAAGAGGAAACAAAACCUCACCCCCGAUCUCCUCCUCCUCCCACUCCGAUCGCUCCCCGCCCCGAUCGCCGCCGCUGACGCCGACGAAGGCAUGGAGCAGCCGCACGCCGCCGCCGCCGCAGCUGGUGGAGGGGAGGGGGAGGGCGGGGCUAGCCCCGACACCGGCCUGGAAGGGCCGAUGUGGAGGAUGGGGCUGGGAGGAGGAGGCGGGGGAGGUGGAGGUGGAGGAGGAGGGGAUGGGGACGCGGCGGGGAGGCUGCCGGAGCGGCCCGGGGAGGAGGACUGUGUCUACUACCUCCGCACCGGCGCGUGCGGCUUCGGUGACCGCUGCCGCUACAACCACCCGCGCGAUCGCGGCGGCACUGAGUUUGGUGGAGGUGCAAGGAAUGCAGCAGCAUUGGAUUAUCCAGAAAGGGCGGGUCAACCUAUAUGCGAGUAUUACAUGAAGACUGGGACUUGCAAAUUUGGUACCAAUUGCAAAUAUCACCAUCCUAAGCAAGAUGGAGCUGUGCUACCUGUUAUGUUAAACAACAGUGGAUUCCCUAUACGCCUGGGUGAGAAGGAGUGCUCCUACUACAUGAAAACUGGGCAAUGUAAAUUUGGAACUACAUGUAAAUUCCAUCAUCCGGAAUUCGGUGGUGUUCCGAUGACCCCUGGAAUAUACCCACCAUUACAGUCUCCAUCUAUAGCUUCCCCUCAUCCAUAUGCUUCUCUUGCAAAUUGGCAAAUGGGGAGACCACCUGUAGUUCCUGGAUCAUAUAUACCAGGCUCAUACACCCCAAUGAUGCUCUCAUCUGGAAUGAUCCCAUUGCAAGGAUGGAGCCCUUAUCCGGCUUCGGUAAACCCUGUAGUGUCAGGUGGAGCUCAACAAAAUGUUCAAGCUGGACCUGUGUACGGCAUGGGGCACCAUGGAUCUUCCUCUACAAUUGCUUAUGGUGGUCCUUACGUUCCAUAUGCUUCCUCAACUGGACAAUCAAGCAACAAUCAACAAGAACAUGGAUUCCCUGAGCGGCCAGGGCAGCCUGAUUGUCAAUAUUAUAUGAGAACAGGAGAUUGCAAAUUUGGAGCUACAUGUAAAUAUCAUCACCCCCGAGAGUUGAGUGCACCUAAAUCAGGCUAUAUGGUCAACUCCCUUUGUCUUCCACUUCGUCCGGGGGCUCAGCCUUGUGCAUACUAUGCCCAAAAUGGGUAUUGCAGAUAUGGAGUUGCAUGCAAGUAUGAUCACCCAAUGGGCACGCUUGGCUACAGUCCGUCUGCUUUGCCCCUCUCUGAUAUGCCAAUUGCCCCAUAUCCUAUUGGCUUCUCUAUUGCCACAUUGGCUCCGUCUUCGCCUUCCCCGGAUUUAAGGCCAGAAUACAUUUCGACCAAAGACCAAUCUGUCAACCAAGUAACAUCGCCAGUGGCAGCAUCCGAGCCUGUUGGAUCAAUAUUGCCGAAAGGGGUUUUCCCAGCAGACACCAUGAUGCGUGCUCAGACUAACACAACAUCUGGUGGUAGCUCGAGUCCUGGCGGUGGUCGCUGAUUUUUCUGAGCUGAGAGAUCUCAGCACAAUUUUUCAAUCACUUGACACAGUUAUGAUAGGCCCCUCCAAUGUGAAUAAAAAGCUGUGGCCUCUGUAGAGAAGGCUCGGCGAGGGUGGUGUUUCUCUGCCAUCUCAAUAAAGCAUUCAUAGGUUACAGGCAAGCUCGAUUCACUUGCAAUUUUUGCGUUCUUCUGUUCUCUGAAACGGGAAAGAAAAGGAAGGUUUUUGAAUGUCAGGCUCGAUAGUUCUCAUCGGCAGUUCGCGGCACUGGGAGACUCGGAUCCAUUCCCUCGGUAAAUAAUUCUCAGGCAAGGAGGUUUAUACAUGCAGAAGCUACUGGAUUUUGCUCGUCCAGCUUCCGGAGUUCGUCUUUUUCCCUUUUUUUUUUGGUUCUGUAUAUUGUCAUAUAUUAUAUAUCUAUAUAUUCAACGGACAUGAGACUCGAAACUACAUAAGUACAUAUGUGUCUAUACUGGGAGCAAGGCACAUUGUAACGGACAAGAGAUGCUUAUUUAAUGAAAGUCUUGCUGGAAUACUGAAAUGGUAGUAUAGAUGAAGUCAUUUUCA